CGAGUAUCUUUGUGGAACACAGAAAGACGGAGUUUGCAAGUAAACGAAGAGGAAAUUCCUCGUGGCUUUCAUUUCUCCUCGCGUCUUCUAAGUUCUCUCUUGAUGGUUGAACAUGACUCCGCACGCUGUCUCCUCCGAUGAUAUCAAUAGUUUUUCAGGUACUAUAAUCAAUAAAAAGGGUCAUCGAUUAUUCUGCAAAUACUGGGAACCUAAAGAAAAUCCUAAAGCUUUGAUAUUUAUUGCUCAUGGAUAUGCGGAGCAUUGCCUGCCAUACGAUCCACUUGCCAGAACUCUUGCCUUAAACAAUUUCUACGUUAUUUCACAUGAUCACGUUGGCCAUGGACAAAGUCAAGGACGAAGGGUACUUAUUCACUCUUUCCAUGAAUUUGUUGAUGAUGUAUUCAAGCACUUAGACAUGAUAAGGAAGAAACAUCCAAAUUUAGACUGCUUCAUCUGUGGACAUUCCAUGGGUGGAGCAAUUUCGAUACUUUCUGCUUCAAGAAAACCUGAGUACUUUAAAGGAGUUGUUUUAAUAGGACCAUGCAUUGCAACCAAUCCAGAUUUAGCAACACCUUUAAAAGUAAAACUAGCUAAAUUCAUGAGGUGGUUGGCACCGAAAUUUCCUGUAGGAGGUAUUGACAUGAACCAAGUUAGCAGUGAUCCUAAAGUAGUGAAAAAGAUGAAGCAAGAUCCAUUGAGAUUUCAUGGCUUUUGUACAGCGGGGUUGGGCGCAUCUUUGUUAGAUUCCUGUGAGGAAAUUCAAGGUAGCAUACCAACAAUAAGUUUUCCUUUUCUGAUAUGUCAAGGAGAAGAAGAUAAACUUUGUAUCCCAGAAGGUGCUCUUAUGAUGUACGAAAAGUCAUCAUCAAAAGACAAAACACUCAAAAUGUAUCCUAAAGCGUAUCAUAACCUUUUAUACGAACCAAAUGGAAUUGCUCAGCAGUGCACUUCAGACAUUCUGGAAUGGCUGUUGGCUCGCGUAUAAAGUGAUGAUCAACUAAUCAGCCUUUCAUAGUAUUUUCUAAAUUACGAAAAUACUAUGAAAUUAUAAAUGAAAAUGUGAAGUCUCGUCCCAAGUUGCACAGAACUUCAAGUGGUACAUCAUUUGCUUUUAACUACGGCUUUUUUACCAACAUUAAUCAGAAUAAUGAAUUCAAAUCAUUAUUUCAUGUUUGUUUAUGAUGAAAAACUAUAAUACCACAAUUUUUCAAUCUUAUUGGAGCUAGGUCCGUAGCAAAACAAAAUCAGAAGAGUCUGCAAACAGUUUCUUAAAUCUAAAGAUAAUUUCCGAGGCUAGAAAUGCUAAUUUAAAGUUAAUUAAAACAAGAUUUUACCUCUCUUUGCCAUCCUAUUAGCAUGCAAAAUGCUUCUUGCAUAUAUGUAGUUGAAUACGCAAAAAUUCGACUGAUCUGUCUUGAUAUAUUUCUAUAGUUUCUGGCCUAGCUAAAACACAUUGACUCAUGCAUUGAUUUUGAUUUCUCUGAUUGUGACAGCAAAAAAAAAAAAAAAAGAGAAAAAAAAAAAGAAAGUCGUAAUUUUCUGCACUCUUCAUAAAUUCUACAUUUUUACUAACAUGUUUUCGUGUUGCCAACAGUUUACUAUAUAACUGGCUUUUUUAAAAUCUAUCAAUAAAACUACUUUCAUCCAAAAAAAAAAAAAAA